AUGGCGGCGCAGCUCGGCGCCCGCGCGCCCGGCCUUCUGCUGGAAGAUAGAGAAGCAGAGAGCGGCGCCCGGCCGACCGGGGGCCCGCGGAGCCGAGACGGGGGCGCUGGGGCCGCCGCCGGGAAGCAGGCUCGGAGGGAGGGAAGGAGAGCGGCCCGCGGCUGCCCGGGCUGCUACCGCCGCUGCUGCCACGUGUCCGCCCCGCCGCUCAGCGCCCGGCCGCCGCAGCUCGGCCCCGCCCCGUCAGGCCCCCGCCCACCGCGGCCGCGCGGGCGCAGAGCGGGCGCCCGGGUACAGGGCUCCGGGCCGGCCGAGGCGCGCGCCGGUCCCCGGGACGCUCGGGGUCCUCGCCCUGGCCCGGGCCCUCCGCCCGCCACGCUCAGCGCGCAUCGCGACCGGGACCCUGAGCGACGCCCCCGCCGGCCACGGCCUCCCUGGCCCCAGCAGGUGCCCUUCCCAGCCUCCGACCGAGGGCCCGCACCCCUGUCCUCCGAGACACCAAGGCGGGUGGGCCGCGGGCACCCCUGGUCCAGGGCUGGAGGCCAAGGCCGGAGGACCGAGGAGGUCAGGGUUCGAAGCUAG